AUGGCUAUAAAGCUUGAUAUGUCUAAAGCAUACGAUAGGGUGAAAUGGGGUUUCUUAGAGGCCAUGUUAAGGAAAUCGGGGUUCAGUGAGAGAUGGAUUAGCCUUUUAAUGGCCUAUGUUAAAUCUAUCAGCUAUUCAGUCUUUGUUAAUGGGACUCCAGGGGAUACUAUAAUACCUUCUAGAGGAUUGAGACAAAGAGACCCUCUAUCCCAAUAUUUAUUCUUGUUAUGUGCUGAAGGGCUUUCUUCUCUAUUGCAACAAGCUGAAUUGAAUGGAAGGAUUAAAGGUGUAGUAGUAACUAGGGGAGGCAUAAGGAUAAAUCACAUUUUAUUUGCUGACGAUUGUGUAGUGUUUUGCAGUGCAAGAAUUGAGGAAUGGUUUAAUCUUAUGAGCAUCUUACAACAAUAUGAGCUAGCAUCUGGGCAAACUAUUAAUAAACAGAAGACCUCUCUCUUAUUUAGCUCAAAUACCGGUACUGCAUCAAAGGAAUUCAUUAUUCAACAUGCUCAUGGUGUCUCUUGUGAUAACUAUAAUAAAUAUUUGGGCCUUCCCACUGUGGUGGGAAGGUCAAAAUACAAUACCUUUAAGAGCUUAAAGGAGAAAUUUUGGAGGAGGAUAAACAGUUGUAAGACUUCAUCUCUAUCUGCAACAAGCAAUGAAAUUUUGAUUAAAAGUGUUUUGCAAGCAAUUCCUGCCUAUACAAUGAGUCUUUAUAGACUUCCUGAGACUUUGUUAAAAGAGAUUGAAUCUUUGCUUGCUAAAUUUUGGUGGAGUCACAAAAAAGAAGGAAGAGGGAUUCAUUGGAGAAGUUGGACCAGACUUGGUGAUCCCAAAACUAAUGGUGGGUUAGGUUUUCGGGAUCUCCAAAGCUUUAAUAGAGCUAUGCUUGCUAAACAGAUCCUUCAUCCUUAA